AUGUUGCUUGUACUGAUUUUUUCGCUCACGGUUGGUUUCUGCUCUGCUAAGGACAACAAACCACCAGACAGCAAGGUAACUGCAUUUAUACAUGUAUCAGUUAUUGCCGUUACACAUUUUUUUAUUACUUAACAUUUAAAAAAUGUUAGUUUAUGGAGAAAACUAUAGGAAUGACGUAAUAUAUGUUAAUUUAACUAAAUCAGUUGUCUGGUUGAUUAAGAGGCGUGCCAAAUUCAAACAAAAAAAUAAGGUGGUAUGAUUACUUGUACAACCUUGAUCAAUAUUUCGAGAAAAGAGAGAACAUUUUCACGUUUCAAACAAUCAAAAUUAACAUUUUUUCAAAAGCAGCUUCUUUACUGGAAAAUGAUUUUUUUUUUUAGAAAAUCAUAAUUGACGAUUUCACUAAAAAAAAAAAAAAAACAAUUAGAACUUGGAAAAUUAUAAGGAAGUACUUCCUCGCCUGGAUUGAAACGCAGUUUGUCAUUGACUUUUUCUCUUUUUUGCAGCAUGUUCAGUCUUGUCCAACGUGUAAUAAUGGUGGACAAACCGGGAUGUGGACAUACAUGACAUGCAUCCCAGGAGCCCCUGGGGCACCUGGUCAAGAUGGAGCCAAAGGAGACCUGGGCAGCCCGGGGAAAACUGGGACCCAGGGACCACGUGGUGCUGAUGGAAAGAAAGGAGCAAAGGGAGAGCCUGGGAUCCAGGGUUCCCCUGGACAAAAAGGACAGCGAGGGGACAAAGGCGACAGUGGAAUUCCACGACUGGCUGCAUACACGAACUGGAAGGAGUGUGCUUGGAAAAAGGAAUACUCCACAGAUUCAGGACUGAUAUAUGUAAGUGCAGAUCGUCACUUUGUUACCACAGUUAAAUAAUAUUCUAUUAGCUCAAAGCAAGCAAUUUCACUAAAACGAUUGAUUGCCAUAAUGCGUUGGUCAGCAGUCAGCGAUAAUGAGGGCCGCGUCUUUUGAAGCUACGUAGUUUUGUAUUAAAGUGGGGCCAUUUUUAGUUUUACUAUACUGUGCCCUUCUCUAUUCUUAAUUUCUUUGCUAACCUUAUGUACAUAAAGUUUUUUUUUUGUCUAAACAUCUUGUAUGAAUUAAUAUUGUACAACUGAUACAUUAUUGUUUUUCUAUAGAAUGGAGUAAAUAAAAAUACAAUACAAUACAGUACGCGACGGAUGCUGUUUCUUUAUAUUCGUUUAGAACUGUGACUUUGUGAAGAAAUACCCGGACACUUCCCUCCAUGUCUACUAUGCUGGUAACCUGAGGAUUCAUAACUGUGACUACUGCUGUAGUCGCUGGUAUUUCACCUUCAAUGGAGCCGAGUGCAGCUCUCCUGGAACUAUUGACGGUGAAUUCUACAUGAAAAUAGGCAGAAACCAAAAUCUUCACCGUCACCGCCACAUUGAAGGUCACUGCAAAAACAUUCAGAAAGGAAAAGUGCGAGUGGGAUUCUGGGUUGGAAAGUGCGUCGCAGUGAAAAAGCUUGCUGACGCCCACACUGGUUGGUAUUCAAUGAAUCGUAUCUUCAUUGAAGAAGUACCGAAAGCUCAGCAGUAA